CAGAGAUUCCCACUCGAAUAGGUAUUCUUCAGAUACAAGCCUGUUGGAACGAUGAGGGUGAAAGUGCGCAGAUUCGCGCCAUCAUGCAUGCGCGAAACUUUUUUCGCCAGAAAAGUGCGAUAAGGAACAAGUGAUGCCGGCAAAUGGCGGUUGUUAUAGCGACCAGUAAUAUGCAGUAAUGUCAAAGAAUUGAAUUUGCAUGCAAAUUGCGCAUUACAGGCAAUAUAGGCUUUUUGAAUCAAUCUGGCGUAUCUGACGCAUACGCAAUAUAUCUGUUUGUACAUACAUGAGAAUAAAAAGUGAAAUAUGCAUUUAUUCAUAUUUACAACAUCAAACAUAUGUGUAUGCAUGUGUAUUUAUAAUCACAUAUUUCGUUCUAAUUGGAUUGAUGAUUUACGUACACCAUUAAACAGAUUGAUAUAAUAGUAGAUUUAAAUGUCGAGCGUAUCAUAAGAAUCUGUGAUAAGUAUUGUAUGUGAUAAGUAUUGUAUGUGAUAAGUAUUGUGUGUCUACACCUUCCUGUGAUCUCUGAGGCCAAAUAUGAGUCUUCUUCAUAUCAGUGAAGAAGGCUGGAUUAUCUCUCACUUGGAGUAUCUCAAUGAGAUAUACAAGAAAGUCCAAAAUGAAGAUGGAUUUUGCGCUUUAGGCUUCAAUAAAAUGAUAUUCGAGAUCAAUUCUCAAUAUUUGAGACCAAAUCAAAUAGUUCAGACCGUCCAGGAGUCCCAGAAUAGUGCUAUAAUACAUAAUAGAAAAAAGAGGAAGCGCUCACAGCAAUUGCCGGAAAAAGAUUUGGAGGAAGUCGAUCGUGUUAAACAAGCAUUUAUUGCAAUGAUGUCUGCUGCAAGACACAAAGGACUUUUUUGUCAGAAUAACUUUCUUGAUAACAAUGAAGUAGCACGUUUGGCAUCCAUGAAAUUUUAUCAGGAUACUUACUCUCUCAAAAAUGAGAACCUCUAUGGAUCCAAUGAUACUGAUGAUGCUAUUGUAUCUGUGGCUCAUAAUAAAAAAUAUGUAUUCCCCAAAAAAUGUACAUUUUAUUGCUAUGAUGUAAGAGAUAUAGAAAAAAAAAUGGAACUGAACAACCAAUAUGAUUUCAUAUUGCUAGAUCCACCCUGGUGGAAUAAGUCAAUCAGAAGGAAAAAGAUGAAAUAUGCAGAAGCUUGUUACAAAAUGAUGUACAAUGAGGAAUUGGUUAAGAUACCAAUAAGAAAACUAUUACAUUCAAACGGUAUUGUAGCUGUAUGGUGCACUAAUUCAUCCAACCAUUUGAAUAGUAUUUUUAAUGAAAUGUUUCCAUCUUGGGGUAUUACUUAUAGAGCUAAAUGGUAUUGGCUCAAGGUGACACAAGCAGGUGACACAAUAUGUAAUUUUAACUCAGCACCUGGAAAGCAACCUUAUGAAUUACUGAUAUUAGGGUCUGCACUGGAAAAAGAUCAUAAACUAAAUAUCCCUGAUAGCAGAUUGAUGAUCAGUGUACCUAGUGCAGUACAUUCACACAAACCACCACUCACAGAAAUCAUAAAGGAAUAUCUGCCGGACGAACCAAAAUGUCUAGAAAUUUUUGCAAGAUACUUAUUACCUGGAUGGACAAGUUGGGGUCUAGAAAUUUUGAAAUUUCAACAUUUGUCACUCUAUGAAAUUCUGGAUGAAUGUAAGAAAGAUGAAAGUAAUAUCGACAACGUAAGAAGCGAAAACGAGAGUAAAGAAGAAUCAUAAAAUUCACACCAUUGCCAGUGCCUAAGUUGUAAAUCUUUAGCCUAAGGUGCUGUUUGUGCAAAGCAUUUAAUGCCGCCACGUGGCCGGCUGCCAAAUCCA